AUGAUGGGAUUUGCCUUCCCGAACAAGCCUCGGGGCCCACUAGGUGGCGUGUUGGUUAUAAGAGAGAAAGAGAACGGUGUGAGACCUUUCACUUCCCCAGACUCUCUCUCUUUUCCCUGUGAACUUCUUUACUUUCGCCGGAAAGUUCUUCAACUUCCUUUUUCUUCUCACACUAAUCGCUCGAAGAGUAUGUCUCCUCCGAAAUCUUCGUCGGGUAAAACCGCGAAACCCCUGAUUACGGGCGUUUACGGCCCUCACCCACCGUUAAUUCUCUCGGCGGAGAAUAUAGCCGAGUUUAGAGGGUCCACUGGGAUUCCACCGGAGAUUGAAAUUAAAUUCCCGGGGGCUCACGAAUCACCGAAAAAUCCUCCCCCAGGGUAUUGCUGCGCGUUUGAGAUAUUCUUCUCUGCGUGCGGUCUGUCGUUUCCUCUCCCCGAACUUAUCGUGAAGAUGAUGUUCGAACUGGGCUUCGCUCUCCCCCAGAUGUGCCCGAACUUCGUCCGAAGCGUCAUGUGUCUUCAAACUCUGGGGGAGGAGUUCGACUACAAACUAUCCCUAGCCGACUUUCUUCAAGUGUACACGGUGAAGACUGGUCGGACCAAGGGAACGCUCUAUGUAAGUCCGCUUUCCGGACUGAAGGUCUUUGACGACCUUCCCGAGAAGGAUGAGAAGUGGCGGAAGUCGUAUUUUUUCUUCCCGGUCAACGAGCUCACCUUCGGCCACCUCGCAAAUCACUUCGAGCGCGGAUUGCUUUGCCCUACAUUUGUUGAGUUCUUCUCGAGGUUUUGCAGCCAGGGUCAGAUCGCCUGGGACUCCUUUUCGUGCGAAAGGAUUAGAGAAUCCACAGCGCGGCUCAGGAGUCGUUCCCUCGUUUGCUCCGACCCCAUAAGCGUUUCGGAGAUGAAUUACAGAGAGGAACGGGCUUGCCGAAUAGCCAAGAAGGAGGCGAAGUUGAACAUGGCGGCAGCGCUCGCUGAGGCUGAUUCCAGUGACGAGCCGCGGGAGGUUAUAACUCCCCCCGCCGAGGUCAGUUCCCAGCGGGCGGACUCAUCCAAAAAGAGGAAGGAACCUGAGACUUCCUCGCCUCUUCGCGAGAAGAGCCGAGCUUGGACUGGUUCGUCAGGAGACGAGCGAAGUAAGUCCAGCUCGAAAGAUAGGGGUCCUUCCUCAGAGAGGAGAUCUAAGGAGUCCGGGGAUUCCUCUGGCAGGCCGCCUUCAAAGGAACGUCGUUCCUCCCCCCGAGUUCCCCCUGCGUCCCCAGCUGAUCUGAUGAGGAGUUACACUCGGCCAGGAGUUCGGGUUCCGGCGUUUGCGGACAUGUCCGAACUCAACCGUUCGAACUUCCUCCGCUUCGCGGACAAGAUUGGCGAGGUGGGCCUUCUCCGGGAAAAGAUUGCUGACCUGGAAGCCCAGGUGAAGGAGUAUGCCAGACUAGAGGCCGAGAACGCUGCUACCAUGGAGAAAGCCGAACAAAUCCGGGCUCGGAUGAAGAGAGCCGAGGUACAGGUGCUCGACCUCGGAAUUGCCAACGAGGACCUUCGAGACAAGCUAAAGAAGGCGGGGGACCUUUACUACGAGGCCGCAGAGGAUGCGAAGGCAGCAAGGAGUAGGUUGCACGAGAUCGAACUCCGUAAUCAGCUACUCGAGGCUGGCAACAGCUGCGAGAUUGAGAGGGUGCGAAGGGAGGACAGGCAGGCAAUGAGGCAGACUCUCCGUCCUCUGGUCGAGGAGGUGAAGGUCACCUUCGAAGAGAGGGAGAAGCUAGCCCCGCUUCAGAUCCGAGCUGCCGAGAUCAGGGCUAACCGGAUGCUGGUCGAAGAGAUCUCUAGGGGCGAGAUCCAAGAUAUGGAGGCCGAGCUCGGACUCCGGAUGCUGGUCGAAGCUGACGAGAAUGUUUCUAAGGUAACUCCCCGUGAACUCGACCUCGCUGCAUUCUCAAACCUUUUGGCGGAUACGCCCGAUCUCUUAUGCAACGAGCACCCGCUUAGCGUCACAAUCGAUGAGUCCGGCACUAACCUCGGGCAACUCUCGAAUCAGGGGAUGGACGACUAUCUGGCGACCACCAGGUCGGAAGGGGAGCUAGCGGAGAUGGGCUUGGCCCUUUCCGAGGCGGCGUCUGAUCCUGCCCCUCCAAAUCAAUAG